CAGAAGGCACGCUGCUCCCCCAACCUUCUGUUUCAUCGAAUUUAAAAUAUGCUUCUUAUGCUGUCCAGCAGUUGACGAUAUCACUUCGUGAUACAACUGCACUGUGGAGGUUUUUUUUAUAUUGGCGUAAAUUCGAGCUCCAUUUCCUAAUAUUUGGAUAUAUUUAGUGGCAUUGGAGGUCUUUUUGCAGCAACAAUGGGAUGCAGGAAAAGAGCGCUGCUUUUCGGCCUUGCUUUUAUAUUCCUCGGAAUCGACCAUGUCAAUGGAGACCUGAGCUACUCUAUCCCGGAGGAGAUGAAACGUGGAUCUGUUAUUGGAAAUAUCGCUAAGGAUCUUGGUCUUGAUCUGGGGAGACUCUCUAUUCGCAAGGCCCGUAUCGAUACGGAAGAUAACAGUGCAAAGUACUGCGGUAUAAAUCUCAACACCGGAGACUUGAUUGUACAAGAACGGAUUGACAGGGAAGGGCUUUGUGCUAAAAAAGCAGCGUGUGUUCUGAAACAGGAACUUGUGUUAGAAAAUCCUUUAGAACUGCACCGUAUUAGUAUCCGCGUUCAAGACAUCAACGACAAUUCGCCGCAGUUCAAAGAGGAGUCACUUCAAUUUGAAAUACAGGAAUCAGCUAUCAAAGGUGCGCAAUUUAUGCUUGACGAGGCGCACGACGGAGACAUUGGAGAGAAUGCGGUUCAGGACUACUCACUCCAGCAGAAUGAUCAUUUUCAACUAAAUGUGAAAAUAAAAGGGGCUGGACGAAAAUAUGGUGAAUUGAUCUUAAAGAAAGAAUUAGACAGAGAGGACAAAAAAGAGCUCAUGUUAUUGCUUACAGCAUUCGAUGGAGGUUCUCCUCAGAGAUCAGGUACUGUCGUUAUACACAUCACUGUACUGGAUGCUAAUGACAACGUACCCGUGUUUAGCCAGGCCGUUUAUAAAGCAUCUCUGCCCGAAAACUCCCCUUUAGAUACACUGGUAAUCAAAGUUUGUGCUACUGAUGCAGACGAUGGGAUUCAUGGUGAAAUUACAUAUGGAUUGGAUCAUGUUUCCGAUGAAAAGCAGGUUUUCUCUCUAAAUUCUAAAACUGGCGAGGUUAAAGUGUCUGAAACUAUUGAUUAUGAAAAGGAAUCUUCGUAUGAAAUGCAGAUUAGUGCAAAAGAUGGUUUGGGAUUGGCAUCAUAUACAACAGUCCUAAUUGAAAUUUCUGAUAUGAAUGAUAACGCUCCAGUGAUAUUCAUGAAAUCUUUCACUAACCCCAUACCUGAAAAUGUGUCACCUGGUACAGAGGUGGGCAUCGUUAACGUGCAGGAUAGAGACUCUGCGGCUAACAGACAGGUCCGCUGUUCCAUUCAGCAAAAUGUCCCUUUUAAGUUGGUUUCUUCUAUUAAAAACUAUUAUUCUCUGGUGACCACAGGACAACUGGACCGUGAGCUAGAGUCUGAUUACAACAUUACGAUCACUGCCACUGACGAGGGCUCUCCACCUCUGUCCUCCUCUAAAACUGUUCAGUUGUCUGUAGCAGACAUCAACGACAACCCACCUGUGUUUGAGGAACAAUCCUACAGCGCUUAUGUGACUGAAAAUAACAAAGCUGGCUCCACUUUAUGUUCAGUUACCGCUCGAGACCCCGACUGGAGACAAAACGGUACCGUGAUUUAUUCUCUGUUACCGGGUGACGUGAACGGUGCCCCGGUGUCCUCCUAUCUGUCUGUUAACGGAGACACGGGGGUGGUCCACGCUGUGAGGUCGUUUGAUUAUGAGCAGUUCAGGAGCUUUAAAGUCCACGUGAUGGCCAGAGACAACGGGUCUCCUCCGCUCAGCAGCAACGUGACCGUCAGUGUGUUCGUAUCGGAUGUGAACGACAACUCUCCUCAGAUACUGUACCCCAACCCGGAGGGAAACUCCUUCAUGACCGAGCUGGUCCCCAAAGCUGCGCACGGUGGCUCUCUGGUGUCCAAAGUGAUCGCGGUGGACGCGGACUCCGGACAGAAUGCCUGGCUGUCCUAUCAUAUAGUCAAAUCCACUGAUCCGGGUCUUUUCACUAUCGGUCUCCACAGCGGAGAGAUCAGGACUCAGCGGGACAUUUCUGAAUCUGACAGCAUGAAGCAGAACCUCAUUGUGUCGGUGAAAGAUAACGGACAGCCCUCUCUCUCUGCCACCUGUUCCAUGUAUUUACUUAUUUCUGAUAACUUAGCUGAGGUGCCAGAACUGAAGGAUAUUUCUUAUGACGAGAAGAACUCCAAACUGACCUCUUAUCUGAUCAUCGCGCUGGUUUCCGUGUCCACCUUUUUUGUGACCUUCAUCAUCAUCAUCCUCGGUGUGAGGUUCUGUCGCAGGAGAAAGCCCAGACUGUUGUUUGAUGGAGCAGUUGCCAUCCCCAGCGCGUAUCUCCCUCCUAAUUACGCAGACGUGGACGGAACAGGGAUUUUACGCAGCACUUACAAUUAUGACGCGUACCUGACAACAGGUUCAAGAACCAGUGACUUUAAGUUCGUGUCAUCUUACAAUGACAACACUCUGCCUGCUGACCAGACUCUGAGGAAAAGUCCAUCAGACUUUGCUGAAGUGUUUGGAGAUUGUGAUGAUUCUCCCCAGUUUCACAGAUUUGAGCCACUGUGGGACCCUGCUGAAAGAUGAUCGGUUUGAUUCCUUCUUGACCACGGGGUCGUGGAGAGGCGAUUUUCGUUUUGGCUCAAGCACGGACACUG